AUGUCACAGACCGUCGGACGGACCCGCCUCGCCUACUCGCGAACAUGGCAUUAUAUAGACGUCAGCCGCGACCCGCGCAGCCUGGGCCGACUCGCCUCCUCCAUCGCCGUAUUCCUGAUGGGCAAGCACAAGCCGAUCUGGGACCCGUCGACGGACUGCGGCGACUACGUCGUGGCCGUCGGCUGCCAUGACCUGCAUACGACGGGCAAGAAGCGAUUCAAGAAGCUGUACUACACACACAACACGCGGCCCGGCAGCCUGAAGUCGAUGACGAUGGACAAGAUGUUUGAGAAGUGGGGUGGCGGCGAGGUGCUGCGGAAGGCGGUCAGCGGUAUGUUGCCGAAGAAUCGGCUGAGGGACAAGAGAUUGGCGAGGCUGAAAGUGUUUGAAGGUCACGCGCAUCCGUACAAGAAGAAUAUCCUGAAAUUGGCCGGCAAGAGCGUCCUGGGCCCCACAAACUCCAUCGCGGAUUCACCGCUAAUUAAAGAAGCGUUUGCGAAGGAGAAAGGGGCGGAGACUGGGGCUAAGCAAACAACAUCCUGA